AUAUCGACUUGCCCACUCUGUCGACGAUGCAUUAUGUUCUGCCAACACUUCGUCAACUCCAAGCUGAACAAGUCGCUUUUUCGUCAUCUCUCUGGCUCAACCCCUCUAAAUGUCUCUGAUCUCCUUGCCUUUCUUGUGCGAUAUUCCAGCUUGAAUUCAGCUGAAUCUGAGGUUAAUAUGAUUCAUAUGUCACUUCCACAGUCUCCAAUAUCCUCAACCAGCAAGUCUCAGCAUUGCAGAGCCAACUUUUCACCUGAUCUUAUCACAGGUUCUUCACAGCUCGAUAAUGAGCGGCCUCCUCGCACUGUGCCGCAUACUCUUUCCUGCAGCUGCUCUAAUCGACUCACUUCUUCAUCAGUCUCUAAUUAUCCCUCAGAGACGUUCCAGCGGAAUAUUUUUUCUGGUUCAGGUGACGCAGUUGAGCGGCAGCCGGAAGAAUUGACUGGGGCUUCAGAGACGAGAGGCCGGCGACGAGAUACUGGUUGGCCAGCUGGGCCGGGUGGUGGCAAAACUGGUGCGGAAUUUCCAUGCCCAGGACGAGUUGUUCUAUGUUUAUGGCGUGUCAUGAUGAGUGAGGUGGCUUUAUUUGAAUAUUCCCUUGAAACAUUGACCUACCACUUUCUCAAGGAGAUGCUGCCACGUUUUACUUUCUCUCAACUUACAUCGUGGUACAAUGAUCCAAGUGGAGCAAGUUGGUAA